UUAAAAAUCUAUAAAAUGACAAAGAUCAGUCUUCCCACAAAUAUAUAAUAGUAUUUUUUUGCUGUGUGUAUUUAUUAUAUCCCCAUAUAUUUAUCUGCACAUAUAAAUACAACAAACACCUCGAGAAUCAACAGGCAAAAUACUCAGGGAGGAAAACCAAAAGCAAAAAUAAGAUUCUAGUUUUGUUGUCUACAAAACUCAAAAUAUUUCAAAGUAUGUCUAGAGUGAGAUCUGAGCCGAUGAAGGUUGUCUUCAUUAACACACAGUACGUCCAGACAGAUGCUCGGAGCUUCAAGACGGUUGUUCAAGAACUCACUGGUAAAAACGCAGUCGUCGCUGACGGUCCUUUCGAAUUCUCUGGCCAAGACUACGAUGGCAAAGAGUCAUCACAGCAGAUUUCCGGCGUAGGCGGAGAAGUGGAAGGAGGUGUAGAGACGACGGAGUUUGAUAGAUUUUUCAGGGAGAUGCCUCCGGUCGGCGAAUUGUAUAAUCUAUGGUCAGAAAAUUGAGUAGUAUUAUACAAUAGUUCGUUUUUUUUUCGUGGUUGUCAAGGCUCAUUGGGCUAAUCUUAGUAUCUUAAAGCCCUAAAUUACUAAAUUAAGAGGCCCAUGUAAGCCACGAGUGAUCGAUCCUCUACUCCUUAGAUUUUGAUUCUUUUUCAAAAGAAUUUGAUAUUCGUAUUUUUGUUUUGUUUAAUGUGUUAAUUGUGUAUAAGGAAAUGAUUUGCACCUUUUUUUCCAAAAAAUAUUAUGGGUUGUCAUUAAAAACUAUAAUUUUCAAAUUAUGAAACAAUUUUUCAAAACCAAAAUAAGCGCGGAGAAAGUUCACGCGCAAGAACGGCGCGUGAGUGAAGAGGAUGAUGAGGAGGAAGAGUGGAAACAAGGGGAGAUGACGAUUCGUUUCUUCGUAUCUCUCAACUCGUUCCACCGUUUCUUCAUCAUCAUCUCUCUCUUAAUCAAAAAAAAAAAAAAAAAAAAAAUACAAUUUUGCCGUCAAAAGAAUCGGAAAAAGUUUAAGAUCAAGCAGAUACACGAAAUUGGGAAUACGAAAUUCUGUUUUAUAUUGUGAAUAUUCACAUCAUACGUAGACACACUCUACUGUAUCUUCCUUUCUCCUAUCUCUCUCACAGAGGAAAGUUCUGAUCUUUGUCUCUCUUAUCAGUUAUCCUCUCUCUGCCUCGAGAUUCUAUAAUUCAAAAAGUUUAAGGCAUAAAGCAUUGAAGAGACAACUUUCUGAUGGGUAAUAAGCUGGGAAGGAAGAGACAAGUUGUGGACGAAAGAUACACAAAGCCACAACAAGGUCUAUACAUGAGCAAAGAUGUCGACACCAAAAAGCUUAAGAAACUCAUCUUGGAGUCUAAGCUUGCUCCUUGUUAUCCUGGUGACGAAGAAAGCUCUUGCCAUGAUCUCGAAGAAUGUCCGAUUUGCUAUCUGUACUAUCCGAGCCUUAAUAGGUCAAGAUGUUGUAUGAAAAGCAUUUGUACAGAGUGCUUUCUGCGGAUGAAGAAUCCUAAUUCAUCUCAGCCUACUCAAUGCCCGUUUUGCAAAACAUCCAAUUAUGCUGUCGAGUAUCGUGGAGGGAAGACUAAAGAGGAGAAGAGCAUUGAACAAAUCGAAGAGCAGCAAGUUAUGGAAGCCAAAAUAAGGAUUAGGCAGAAGGAAGUUGAAGAAGAAGAGGAGAGAAUGCAAAAGAAACGUCUGGAAUCAUCUUCUUGUAGCACAAGUACAGUGACUGAUGAUACCGAAUAUGGUUCUGCUGCAGAGGAUGAGGAUAUUGUUUCAUCUCAAGACUCAUGUGUUACAUCACACCCUUGGGUCAACAGGGAUGGUGAGUUUGACUAUGAUCUUGAGGAUAUAAUGGUCAUGGAAGCAAUAUGGCUCUCGAUUCAGGAACCUGGAAUUCAGAGAAACACAUCUCCUGAUGAAAAUUCAGAAGAAGAUCAUAAUAUGGAACCAUCAAUGCCGUCUUCUUCUUCAUCAUCAGCAUCUCCAUCCGGUGGGCUAGCUUGUGCAAUCGCAGUUCUUGCUGAACGCCAACAAAUGGUCGGCGAAUCUUCCUCCAACCACAAUCAAAACGUUAAUGUUUCAUCAUACAACAUGGUUUCGAGCAACUGCAACAACAGUCAUUACAGUGCCAUGGAACAAGAUAGUAAUCAUUACCUUCAAGGAGCAGGAACCAGCUAUACAACAAGAUCUGAUUUGACUGAUGAUAGUGGCAGUGAGGUUUCCAGGGAAGUUGCAUGGGAAUAGUGUUCCCAAAGGUUAAUAGGAAAGCUUAGAUUUGUUUUAGUUUUUGCUUGUAUAUAUGUUAGUGAGAGUUUAGUGAUUCUAGAAUAUGUUCUUUUUAGGUUUCAGGGUUUGUUGGUUGAUCACUUCUUCGUACAAUGGGCCAAUAUAUGAAAAAGACAAAGUCUGGGUUGUUUAGAAUUUGGCAUGUUAAUUGGGCCGGUCCAGUCCCAUAUCUCGUGGCAAUACAAAUAAACUUGAUAUAACAAAAGGAAACUAAUGAAAAUUAUUGAGUG